AGCCUCUCUUGGGCUCCGUCUCCCAACUGCGACGCCGCCGCAGCCACCGGAGAACGACCGCCAUGGAGCUGAUCGCCGACGUGCCGCCCGCGCCGGCGCCACCCCGCCCCGCGCGUGGACGAGCCGCGUGCGCGGAGGAGAGACGGCGGCCGGCGGAGGUGUUGCCCGCCAGAUGGCGCCUCGCCUUGAGCGGCAUCACCUUGAGCGGCAUCACACUCACUCGUCGGAGGGUCGCGCAGAAGGCCCGCGGGGGCCAGGUGGCGCCCCAGCCGAUCGAAGCGGCUCCCGUGCUCGAAGAGGUCAGCGGUGUCAGCUCCAGCGCUGCCAUGGAGGAAUUUACCUAUGAGAGCAUGGUGGAGUACCUUGGUGGACAGGGCGUGGAUCUGAGCCAAGAAGGAAUCUGGUUGGGCAGGAUCAAGUGCCCCUGCUGCGGUGGUGGCCGGACGCAGGAACUCUCCUUCAGUGUGAAAAUGGACAGAAACCGCUUAUUUUGCAAGUGCUGGCGGGCGAACACGUGCGGAAGGAAGUUUAUGUUCACUGACCCUGCUUCGAGGACUUUAUGGGGCCCAGGUUCUCCCGCCGCGCGCGCCACGCCCGACCCAAUGCGCGUUCGCCAGACCUACCAUCAUGGUGCUUCAGGUGCAAAGAAGGGCAAGUUGGGUGAGAACCUGUGUGAUUUGACAGAAGAGCACGAGAAGUUCUUCGCCGACCGGAAGAUCAGUCGCCACACCUUGGACCGGAAUGGGGUCAAGUCGAAGAAGACGCAGUUUGGCACGGCCAUUGUUUUUCAAUACUUUGCUGAGGGACAGGUCGUCGCAGAGAAGAUGCGCGCGCUGCCGAAGACUUUUUGGUCAGUUCAGGAGCACAGAUGUCUUUACGGGGUGGACCACCUGAAGGACGCUCGGGAAGUGAUCCUCACCGAAGGCGAGAUCGACAAGUUGGCCAUGGAUGAAGCUGGCUUGAGGCACAGUGCCUCCUUGCAGGGCGGCGCCACGGGCGGCCUGGCCCUCGGCUUCGGCGCCUUGGCCGCGCUGCGCGCGGCGGAGCGCGUGGUGCUGGCGGUGGACGGCGACCCUGCGGGACAGGAGUGUGCCAAGAAGACCCUAAUCGCUCUGCAGAAGGAACUGAAGAGGGAAGACAGGUUCUAUUUGGUGCGAUGGCCAGAGGGAUGCAAGGACGCCAACGAUGUCUUAAUGACACACGGCCCGGAGAAGCUGAGGACAUUGGUGCAAGAGGCGGAAGCCUUUCGGCUGCGCCCAUGGGAGGACUUCAAGUUUCAUGAAAUCGUGGAGCACAUCAUCGAGCAGGGUCGUCAAGACCCUCAGGAAGUGGCUGCCAAAUUUCAAUACAACCUUCGAUGCCCCCGGUGUGGCUGUGAGCAGUUCACCUGCAUCUACCAUAGCCGGCGCCGCCACCAGAGCCAGCUCCUUCAAUGUCGUUGUCCCCAGUGUUGCGAGAAAGGCAUCCGUGUGAGAAAAGAUGCUGAUAGUUGGAAGGCACCUCCAGCCUCGCUGGAGACCCUGGAGCACCUGCACAAGCGCGUCACAGGUCAGCUGGCGCAUCGCCAGAUCUAUGGUGCUUCGACAGGCUGGAAGGCCUUCGACCAGAUUUGGCGGCCGUUGCCCGGCGAAGUCACUGUGGCCACUGGCAUACCAGGCCAUGGCAAGUCGGAGUUCCUCCUGUCCCUCGCAAUGAACAUGGCUCACUUGCAUGGUGAUCGUACCCUCGUCUUCGCGUUCGAGAGCAACUUCAAGAACUUGGCCAUUCAAUUGGACGUCAAGGCUCGUGCCACUUGUCCGUCGUUGGAAAAUGACGACGCGGACAAAGCGCUAGACUGGAUCGAGGAACACUUCAUCGUUCACAGCGAGCAUGAAGAGGCAUUGACCCUUGAUUCGAUCCUGCAGAUUGGUGAGGACGAGGUGAAGCAGGCCAACGAGGAACAAAAGCCCAUCCAGAUGAUGAUCAUCGACCCCUACAACUGGAUCGAACGUUCCCAGGAGGACCAGCAGGAGCCGGAAUUUGAGUACAUCGGCCGCUUGAUGAGUGAGCUGCGUUGCUUUGCGAAGGAGAAUGGCCUCCAUGUCAUCAUCGUGGCACACCCCACUAAGGCUGGACAGUGGAACGGCCGGAAGCCCUCGAUGUACGACAUCGCGGGCAGUGCGAACUGGUUCAACAAGACAGACAACGGCUUGAUGGUCUAUCGCCAGUUCGUGGAGGACGAUGAUGGUGAAAUGGUGCCGACCCAGCGGACAGAGAUCCAUGUGCAGAAGGUGCGCAAUCGAGACGCCGGGCGAUUGGGGCAAGUUGUGCUUUACUUUGAUCGAGAGCGUCGAAGUUACGAAGAGGUGGUGACCGAGCAGCAGGCGUCCUGCGACGACGACGACGUGCCAUCCCGACACCGGAGGUCGAUCCGCCAAGGACCAGGUCCAGACGUCCGACGCGGUAUGGCGGGCGAAGGAAGGCCACACGGUCUUCAUGCCGCACCACUGAGAUGAGCGUAGCGACAUAGGUGGCCACGGCUGAACGCUUUUGGGGCGAACAGCGCUCGAAAUGGCAGGGACAAGAAGCAACAAAGACGG